UCUCGUAUUCAGGGUUAAAGAAUUUGAAGGAAAACAAUUAAACCCAAAGCGAAUAAAGCAAGCUCAGGGGAACAUUCUGAAGUGCUCAAAAAGGUAAGAGUUGCCUGUCCCCACCAGAGGCACACCGGAGAUAACAUUGCAAGCGACUUGUCUGUUACCAUGCUGUUUAUCUCUCUGUCGCUUAAAGUUCAGCUGAUCAGCUGUACGAACAAAAGAGAAAGAAAAUCGAUGGUGUUGCUUGUUUCGCUGUGUUCGACUAUUUAAAUUGGGAACCGUGCGACUUGAAAACUUAAAAAAUACCAUGUUAUUCCAGUUCUUCGCAUUUACUUGCAUCGUGAUUGUUGGAGCUGAAAUAGGGCUUGGUUUGUUUGUCUUCUUGAAGAAGAAAUUUGGACGAAAUAAAAAACCAAAGCUUAUCAAGCCAAAUUACCAGAAAGAUGUGGUCUACUUAGCCCAAUUCCCGUGUGUGCCUUUCAUUAGAAGUAUCUCUCCAUUUUGUCUGAAGCUUGAGACUUGGCUUCGAAUGCACAAGAUUCCGUAUGAGAGUGUUUAUACCUUGAAAUUCGGACCCAAGGGCCAAAUUCCAUAUGUGGAGUUGAACGGUGAACAGAUCCCGGACUCUGCAAUUAUUAUCGAAAAGCUCACAAAAUACUUCAAUGUGAGUGACAAUGAUGGGGUCGGUAAAGAGCAAUUGGCUUUGGCUCACUCUAUGACUGUAAUGGUUGAGAAUCGGACAGCUAUUGCCGGAUUUUUCUGGAGAUACGGUCGUAACAUGAAGAUGUUUGUGGAUGCGCUCUGUUUGGAAACUUAUCCGGCAAAAUCAUUGAAAUUCUGGACCUUCUUUCAACCCAUGGGCACGCGGUUUAAGACAGUGUGUCACGGUUUAGGGAAACAUGAGGACCAAGAGAUUGCUGAAUUUUCUUUCCAAGAUCUCAAGGCGAUAUCGGAUGCCUUGGGCGAAAAACAUUUUUUCUUAGGAGAUACGCCUAAGCAGGUGGAUUGCGUGCUUUUCGGCAACUUGAUUCAAUUUAUAUACAACCCAUUGCCGUUUCCUCAAAAAGAAUUCAUUUCAAAGGAAUGCAAGAAUUUGGAACCAUACGUGGACCGAUUAAGGGACCAAUUUUUCCCGGAUUGGAAUGAUCUCUGUUUACCCCAAUCUAUGAAUGGUUUUAAAGAGGCUAGUUAUGCUAAUGCUAUAGCACUUUCAAAAUAAAUGACCAUUGUUCAUCUUGGCA